UUGAGGUGUGACCCAAAGAAGUGUGGAGAAGGAGAGCUGCAAAAUCCGCAAACAGGAGAAUGUACAAGUAUUGAUUGCCCACUUGGAUAUUAUCCCUCGAACGGAAUGUGUCACGCUUUUUUAGAUGUUGACGAAUGCGCGACCGGAGAUAGGUGUGGACCAGGGGAAGAGUGCGUUAAUACUGCUGGUUCUUUUCGUUGUCAGCAGAAAGGAAACAUAUGUUCCGCUGGAUAUGCCGUUAACAAAGACACCGGCUUUUGUGACGAUAUCAACGAAUGCUUGGACAAGUCUGUGUGUGGUGGAUUGAUGUGCAUCAAUUUGCCCGGCAGUUAUAAGUGUCGAUGCAAUGCGGGAUACGAAUUUAACGAAAAAGUAAGAUUUUAUUAUAUUGAUGAGGAUUUACACGCUAAAUUAUCAGAAAAAGAGAGAAAGACAAAAAAAGAGAGAUAUAUUAUGGGUUGA